UUCUAUUUAUAAUAAAUAUCAAUAUAUAUUCUCUACAAUAAUGUUGCCAGGCGUUAGGAUAAUGCUGGACAUAGGUAGGCUUUUUGAUUGCGUGUCCUACUUGUCUGGCUUUAGUUAAGCUUUUGACAUUGCGCGAACGAGCGAGCGCCAAGUGUGGCCGAGUGCAGGCUAGUCGACAGAUUUAUGACAAUAAUAAAAGUUUUUGUCAUACCUAUAAAUAUAAAGACAAAAUCCUCAAUAAUGUAGGGUGUCCGGCCUUUCUGCCCAAAUGUCUGGCCAAACUGGCUGGUCUGUCCGGCUAUUAGAUUUGACGAUCUGGUAACCCUAUCUACAUACCAUUUAAGGUCUGGUGUGGAAAUGUACCAAUAUAUAUCUAUAUGAGUAGAUUGCCUCAAAUGAGAGGUUUAGAAACCCUCGAUGUUAAAGCCUGAGAAUUAUAUCACAUUACAUUAAUUAAAUUACUUCCAGAUGACUGACAAUCUGUUACAGAUCGAUUUAAUGUGAAUGUGACUACCUUAAUAUUAUAUUAUAUAUAUAUAUAUAGUAAAAAUCUCAUUGAGUUAUAAUAAACCUUUGUCAAACUGUUGGAAUUAACACUGUUUUUAGUUUUUUUAAUACUUUUAUUAUUAAAGAAAACUAAAUAGUUUAAAAGUAGUACUAAAGUUAGUUCUCGUUUUAUAAGACUGAAAUAAAAUACAUUACAAAAAUAUUGCCGGUUAUUUUACAAAGAAGAAAAUAAAUAAAUAUUUUUUUGCUUGUAAGCAAAUUUCUGAAAAGUAAGUAUUAUUUUCGAGUUGUGAUUAUAUUAUAGUGUUGCAUAUAUUAUGGACUCAGUAUUUACAAAUAUAAGGUCAUUAAACACAAGUUAGUUUUUCGUCUAUGAAUAUUUAUUUCUGAAGGUCUGUAUUGGGGCAGAUUUGAACAAAAUCACUGGGGCACUUUUGAACAAAAAUUUUCAAAAGUGGUCAAAUUGCUUUUGAAUAAAAUGUUCAACAGUGCACAUAAAUAAAACAUGGGUAUUUAUUUUAUGAAAAUUAAGUAUCUUAAUGGGUUAAUUUUGUAUUGUCUUUACUGUCAUAAUGGUACGAAAUUAUAAAAAGAAAAAAGAAAAUGACGAAGAAGAUGCACAACGAGCUGCUUUUUUUUGCGUUAUCAACGACGGCAUGAAGCUGAGGAUCGCUGCUGCAAUAUACAACAUAAAACCAACUACUUUAUUUUGUAGAGUCAAAAAAUAUAAGGAGAAUAUAACUCCUAAAAAUGAAAAAUAUUGUAGCAAACACACUGUGCAUCAAGUUUUCACAAACGAUGAAGAGAGCAUGCUGGAAAAGUACUUUCUAAAAAUGUCUAAAAUUAAUUAUGCUCUUGUGUAUUGUAAACUGGAUAAAUAACAAUAUUGCGGGUAUUGAAUGGAUGAAAAACUUUUUGAAAAAAGGCACUCAGUAUUAUCUUUGCGAAAACCUGAAAAUACUAGCCUUUCUCGCUCAACAAGCUUUAAUAAAAAGUUGUUUCAUUUUUCAUAAUUAUUUUUUUAUAGCCAUUAAGGUUAAUUAGUUUGUUUAUUUUAUAUUUAACAUGUUUUAAAUUCCUUCCGGAGGAUUUUUGAAAUGUUGUAUUUUUUGAGAUACUUAUGAAUGUUAUUACUUUUUACUAUUGUUUCGCAGUAUCUUAUUUGAUCUCGGUUGUAACUAUAAGUUUGUUACUCUUGUUCAAGACUGCCCCAGGUGGUUUUGAGUUUUAUAUAGUUUAUGCAAUUAAAAUUUAUUCUAAGAAAUAAAUGAAAGUGUAAUAUGAUACUAUUAGAUACAAAUAACAUAAAUAUACUGUUGAUUAUAUUCUUAGUUACAUGGUUUUCAUUUUAUCAUGGUUUUUCUAAACUGCCCCAAUGCAUUUCAAAUAUGCCCCAUCCACGGGGCACAUUUGAACAAAAUUGAGUUUAAAAAACAGAAAUUUUGUUACAUUUAACAAGUCAAAAUAAAUAAAUAUCAUUUUUUUUAUGUAGCAUAAGACCCAUAUCUAAUAUUAAAAUAAAUUAAAUCUUGAUUGGUAAUACCAUACAAGAAAUAUUAUAUUUUAUUUAAAAAGUGUUCUAAUGUGCCCCCCUCUCCCCUAGGCGGUUUUUGGGUUCUACUCUGUGAGAUUAAU